AUGUCGAAUCAUCCUCAAGGCGGCCAUGGCGGCCAGCAUGGCUACUAUAACGCUGAUGCCUCGAAUCCGUAUCAUCAAGAUGGUGGCUACUAUGAAGGUCACAACGGUUAUCAAGAUGACUACUAUGACAACCAGUACUACGAUCAGAACGGCCAGCAGCACAAUCAGGGCCGCGGUCGACGCCGUGGCCACGACUCAGAGGAAGAUUCUGAGACAUUUAGCGACUUCACCAUGAGAUCCGACAUGGCUCGUGCCGCUGAGAUGGACUACUACGGACGCGGCGAUGAGCGUUACAAUAGUGGGUACGACCAGCGCGGCUACCGUCCUCCCUCCUCCCAGAUCAGCUACGGCAACCGAUCUUCUGGUGCAUCGACACCUGUCUACGGCAUGGACUACAACAAUGCUCUACCUGCUGGUCAGCGAUCCCGUGAGCCUUACCCAGCCUGGACAUCAGAUGCUCAGAUUCCACUGUCGAAAGAAGAGAUCGAAGACAUCUUUUUGGAUCUCACAGCCAAGUUUGGUUUCCAGCGCGACAGCAUGCGCAACAUGUACGACCACAUGAUGACACUGCUCGACUCGCGUGCAUCUCGCAUGACUCCCAACCAGGCGCUUCUGUCUCUGCAUGCCGACUACAUCGGUGGUGAUAACGCCAACUACCGUCGUUGGUACUUCGCAGCUCACCUCGACCUGGACGAUGCUGUUGGUUUUGCCAACAUGAAGCUUGGUAAGGCCAACCGCCGCACCCGCAAGGCCCGAAGAGCGGCUGCGAAGAAGGCCAAGCAGAAUCCUCAGAACGAGGAGCAGACACUCGAGGCGCUUGAAGGCGACAACUCUCUCGAGGCUGCCGAGUACCGUUGGAAAACACGCAUGAACAGAAUGUCACAACACGAGCGUGCUCGCCAGAUCGCCCUCUAUCUUCUCAUCUGGGGAGAAGCCAACCAGGUCCGAUUCAUGCCUGAGUGCCUGUGCUUCAUUUUCAAGUGUGCAGACGACUAUCUCAACACCCCGGCUUGCCAGAACCGUGUCGAGCCAGUUGAGGAGUGCACAUACCUGAACAACAUCAUCACGCCUUUGUACAGCUACAUCCGGGACCAAUGCUACGAAAUAGUGGAUGGCAAAUAUGUCCGACGUGAGCGCGACCACAAGAACACUAUUGGCUACGAUGAUAUCAAUCAGCUCUUUUGGUACCCUGAGGGCAUCGAGCGAAUUGUCAUGCAGGAUAAGAGCCGCUUGUGCGAUUUGCCGCCUGCCGAGCGAUUCCUGAAGCUUUCCGAGGUCAACUGGAAGAAAUGCUUCUUCAAGACGUACAAGGAGACUCGAUCAUGGUUCCACUUGGUCACCAACUUCAACCGCAUCUGGGUCAUCCACAUUUCAGCUUUCUGGUUCUACACUGCCUUCAACUCGCCCACUCUGUACACGAAGAACUACCAGCAGCAAAUCAACAACCAGCCCAAUCCUGCAGCCCAAUGGUCGGCUGUCGCAUUGGGAGGCACCGUUGCAACUGUCAUCCAGAUCCUCGCUACACUCUGCGAAUGGCUGUACGUCCCCAGAAGCUGGGCUGGUGCUCAGCAUCUGACCAAGCGCCUGUUGUUCCUGAUUCUGGUCCUUGUCGUCAACGCUGGUCCCAGCGUGUACAUCUUCAUGUUCAAGCAGACAGGAAAAAUCUCCUUGAUUAUCGGUGUUGUACAGUUCCUCAUCGCGCUGGCAACGUUCUUGUUUUUCUCAAUCAUGCCGCUCGGCGGUCUCUUCGGAAGCUACCUAACACGGAACUCGAGACAGUACGUUGCAUCGCAGACGUUCACUGCUUCAUACCCUCGUCUUACUGGCAACGAUAUGUGGAUGUCCUACGGUCUAUGGGUCAUGGUUUUCGCUGCCAAGAUGGCCGAAUCCUAUUUCUUCCUGACACUCUCAUUCAGGGAUCCCAUCCGCAUUCUGUCAUAUACGAAGAUUCGUCUUUGUGUCGGUGACGCGCUGGUUAAGGACUAUCUUUGCAAGUAUCAACCUCAGAUUCUGCUGGGAAUAAUGUUCUUCACCGACCUGAUUCUGUUCUUCUUGGAUACCUACCUGUGGUACAUCAUCUGGAACUGCGUCUUCUCGGUCUUCCGGUCAUUCUACCUCGGUGUAUCUAUAUGGACACCAUGGCGAAACAUCUUCUCCCGACUUCCGAAGCGUAUCUACUCUAAGGUGUUGGCCACGACGGAUAUGGAGAUCAAAUACAAGCCGAAGGUCCUCAUCUCACAGGUCUGGAACGCAAUCGUCAUUUCGAUGUAUCGGGAGCAUCUUCUUGCCAUCGACCAUGUCCAGAAGCUUCUCUACCACCAGGUUCCUUCCGAGCAGGAGGGCAAACGCACCUUGCGAGCACCGACAUUCUUCGUUUCUCAGGAAGAUCACUCUUUCAAGACCGAGUUCUUCCCAUCUCAGAGCGAGGCCGAGCGUCGUAUCUCCUUCUUUGCUCAAUCUCUCUCUACGCCCAUUCCUGAGCCACUGCCAGUUGACAACAUGCCAACUUUCACGGUCCUGAUUCCUCACUACAGCGAGAAAAUCCUCCUUUCUCUGCGCGAAAUCAUUCGCGAGGAUGAGCCAUACUCCCGUGUCACCCUUCUGGAGUAUCUGAAGCAGUUGCACCCUCACGAGUGGGACUGCUUCGUUAAGGAUACCAAGAUUCUGGCUGACGAGACCUCUCAAUUCAAUGGCGACUACGAGAAAUCUGAAAAGGACACGGCAAAGAGCAAGAUCGACGACCUUCCAUUCUACUGCAUUGGCUUCAAGUCUGCUGCGCCUGAGUACACUCUGCGAACACGUAUCUGGGCUUCGCUUCGUUCUCAGACGCUGUACCGUACUAUUUCUGGGUUCAUGAACUAUAGCCGCGCUAUCAAGUUGCUGUAUCGUGUUGAAAAUCCUGAAGUCGUCCAGAUGUUUGGUGGCAAUUCCGACAAACUCGAGCGUGAGCUUGAGCGCAUGGCUCGCCGCAAGUUCAAGAUAGUGGUCUCCAUGCAGCGCUAUGCCAAGUUCAAGAAGGAGGAGCGUGAGAACACCGAGUUCUUGCUUCGCGCGUACCCCGACCUGCAAAUUGCUUACUUGGAUGAAGAGCCGCCUGCGAACGAGGGUGAGGAGCCCAAACUUUUCUCUGCUCUCAUCGAUGGUCAUUCGGAGCUUCUCGAGAACGGUAUGCGCCGUCCGAAGUUCCGUGUUCAGCUCUCCGGCAAUCCUAUCCUCGGUGACGGCAAGUCUGACAACCAGAACCAUGCCAUCAUCUUCUACCGCGGCGAAUACAUCCAGCUUAUUGAUGCCAACCAAGACAAUUAUCUCGAAGAAUGUCUCAAGAUCCGAAGCGUUCUUGCUGAGUUUGAGGAGAUGACAACUGAUAAUGUCUCACCGUACACUCCCGGCCUGGCUCCAGUCAAGACCAACCCAGUCGCCAUUCUCGGUGCUCGCGAGUACAUCUUCUCUGAGAAUAUUGGUGUGCUUGGUGACGUUGCUGCUGGCAAGGAACAGACUUUCGGUACUCUCUUCGCUCGAACAUUGGCUCAAAUUGGUGGCAAGCUCCAUUAUGGUCAUCCUGAUUUCCUGAACGGUGUCUUCAUGACCACUCGUGGUGGUGUCUCUAAGGCUCAGAAGGGUCUGCAUCUCAACGAAGAUAUCUACGCUGGUAUGAAUGCCCUGCUCCGUGGCGGUCGCAUAAAGCACUGCGAGUACUAUCAGUGUGGUAAGGGUCGUGAUCUUGGUUUCGGAUCGAUUCUCAACUUCACGACGAAGAUCGGCACUGGUAUGGGCGAACAGAUGUUAUCUCGCGAAUACUACUACCUCGGCACUCAGCUACCACUGGAUCGGUUCCUGUCCUUCUAUUACGCUCAUCCCGGCUUCCACGUCAACAACAUGUUCAUUAUGUUGUCUGUCCAGAUGUUCAUGAUAGUACUCAUCAACCUGGGCGCCUUGAAGGCCGAGACAAUCACCUGCGACUACGACCGCGAUAAGCCGCUGACAGAUCCGCUCAAGCCAAACGGCUGCACGAACUUGGUGCCCGUUAUGGAGUGGGUCGAGCGUUGUGUCCUGUCUAUCUUCAUUGUCUUCUUCAUCUCUUUCUUGCCCCUGGUGGUCCAAGAGUUGAUGGAGCGUGGUUUCUGGCGUGCGGCAACUCGUCUGGCAAAGCACUUCGCUUCAGCAUCUCCAGUUUUCGAGGUGUUUGUCUGUCAAAUCUAUGCCAGCUCGAUUCAGCAGGAUCUGUCGUUCGGUGGUGCUCGCUACAUUGGUACUGGACGUGGCUUUGCCACAGCCCGCAUUCCAUUCGGCGUGCUCUACUCUCGCUUCGCUGGUCCGUCCAUCUAUCUCGGUGCUCGAGCUCUGAUGAUGCUGUUGUUCGCAACGAUGACAGUUUGGUUCCCAUGGCUUAUUUGGUUCUGGAUCUCUAUCAUCGGUCUGGUCAUCUCACCAUUCAUCUUCAACCCCCACCAAUUUGCCUGGAACGACUUUUUCAUCGACUAUCGCGACUACCUUCGCUGGCUGUCUCGCGGCAAUUCGCGAUCACACGCUAGUUCUUGGAUUGCGUUCUGCCGUCUGUCUCGUACCCGGCUGACAGGUUUCAAGCGCAAGGUUCUCGGCGCUCCUUCUGAGAAGUUGUCUGGCGAUGUCCCGCGGGCGAGAUUUACUAGUGUCUUCUUCGCCGAGAUCGUGGGACCCUUCAUUGUUGUCCUGGCUACUCUGGUGCCUUACCUCUACAUCAACGCUCAGACCGGUGUCCAGGAUCCUCAGCCUGCGACUCAAUCGCUUCUUCGUGUCGGCAUCAUCGCGUUCGGUCCCAUCGCCGUUAAUGCCGGUGUUCUUGGUGGCCUGUUCGCCAUGGCUUGCUGCAUGGGUCCAGUCCUCAGCAUGUGCUGCAAGAAGUUUGGUUCCGUCUUGGCUGCCAUUGCUCACGGCGUGGCUGUCUUCAUGCUCUUGGCUUUCUGGGAAGUCAUGUUCUUCCUCGAGGGAUGGCAAUUCCACAAGGCGUUGUUGGGCAUGAUCGCUGUCGUUGCCAUUCAGCGAUGGUUCUUCAAGCUCAUCAUUGCGCUUGCUCUCACUCGUGAGUUCAAGUCUGAUACCGCCAACAUUGCUUGGUGGACUGGCAAGUGGUACGCCAUGGGCUGGCAUUCGAUCUCUCAGCCGGCCCGUGAGUAUCUCUGCAAGAUCACCGAGUUGGGUUUCUUCGCUGCCGACUUCAUCCUCGGUCACAUCAUCCUCUUCAUCAUGUUGCCGGCUCUUUGCAUCCCCUACGUGGACAAGUUCCACUCGGUUAUGCUUUUCUGGCUUCGUCCAAGUCGUCAAAUUCGGCCACCUAUCUAUUCCAUCAAGCAAUCUCGCCUGCGCCGCAGACGCGUGAUCCGCUAUGCGGUGCUCUACUUCGUGCUUCUGGUCUUGUUCUUGAUCUUAUUUGUUGGCCCAGUCAUCGUCUUCAAGUUCAUGGAUUCACCUACGCUCGGUGGCAUUCCAGCUGGUCUCCUCCAGCCAACAGGACAGAACAACAACGACACGCUUCCCAUUCCCUCCUCCGACCCUCGCGUAUGCCCCCAAAUGGACCCAGCGACCAACAAUGCCACCGCCCUCAUCACAUCCUCAUCUUCCAUCAUGAACACAUCCGACCUUCCCGAACACUUCUGGACUGCACUCAACACGGCCUCUGAACAGUUCCACAAACUUCCUGGCUCAGCCAUUUUCCUCAGAUAUGUGAAGUCAUCCUACCAGAAUGAUCCGGUGCGGUCAGCGGUCGAGCUGUUCCUGGUGCUGUUCGCGAUUAGAUAUUUGCUGGCGCCGAAAUACAGCACCAAGCCGGGCUUGGUACGCCUUUCGGAAGAAGAGAUUGAUGACCUCGUCGAGGAGUGGCAGCCGGAGCCGCUGGUCGGCAAAACGACUGCGUUCGAGGAGGCGGAGCUGGAGAAGCGGCCUGUUAUUGUUGGGCCGACUGGGCCGAGGGUCAAGCUUGCGAACGGGCGGACUGUUACGAAUCUUGCGAGUCUGAACUUUUAUAAUUUUUCGGCGAAUGAGCAUUUGAAAGAGAGGGCGAUUCAGACGCUGAGGACGUAUGGUGUGGGACCGUGUGGACCGCCGGGGUUCUAUGGGACGCAAGAUGUGCAUAUGAAGGUUGAGGCUGAUAUUGCUGCGUUCUUGGGAACGCAGGCGUGUAUUAUCUACGCGCAGGCUUUCAGUACGAUUUCGAGCGUGAUACCGGCGUUUAGUAAGAGAGGGGAUAUUAUUGUGGCGGACAAGGGGGCGAACUAUGCGAUCAGGAAGGGGAUACAGAUCAGUCGGAGUCAUGUGCGGUGGUUUGAACAUAACGAUAUGGAGGAUUUGCAGAGGGUGCUGGCGAAGGUGACCAAGGAGCAGGCGAAGAAGCCGUUGACGAGGAGGUUUAUCAUUACGGAGGGGCUGUUUGAGAAUUCCGGGGAGUUGACUGAUCUUCCGAAGAUUAUCGACCUGAAGUCCAAGUACAAAUUCCGCCUCAUCCUCGACGAAACCUGCUCCUUUGGCGUCCUCGGCCGCACCGGCCGCGGCAUCACCGAACUCCAACACGUCGACUCCGCCGAAGUCGACAUCAUCGUCGGUUCCAUGGCGGGGGCGCUCGCUGGCGCAGGCGGCUUCUGCGCGGGCUCCGAUGACGUGGUCGAGCAUCAGCGCAUCACGGCCGCGUCGUAUACUUUCUCGGCUGCGCUGCCUGCUAUGGCGGCGGUGACGGUCAGUGAAACGGUCAUGAUGUUGCAGACGCAGCCGGAUCUGCAGACGCAGCUGAAGGAGAAUAUCAAGACGAUGUGGGGACAGAUUGAUCCGAGGAGUGAUUGGGUUUAUUGCAUGAGUGCGAAGGAGAAUCCGGUCAUGUUGUUGACGUUGAAGCCAGAGGUUGUGGCGAGUAGGCGGUUGGGGGAUGGGGAGGUGCAGGGGUUGUUGCAGGAGAUGGUUGAUGAGGCACUUGCACAAGGCGUGCUGAUCAACAGAGUCAAGUUCCUUUCGCCUGACCCGAGUGGCUCAAGGGGCCAGAUCUACGUUCAGCAGCCGGCGCUGAAGGUGUGUAUGACCAUUGGGCUGACGAAGAAGGAGGUCGAGAAGGCAGGGACUACAAUCCGGCAUGCUAUUACAAAGGUCAUGAACAAGAAGCGCUAG